AUGCCGCGUCUUCUAUCAAAAGCAAACACUGUGCAGCGCUCAAGUCGCCCAGGGAUGGCCAGUUCUCCAAGCCAAGAGCAGAAAAAUAGGACUGUCCCACAGCUUAGUUGUGUCUUGUGUCGAGACCGCAAGCUUAAGUGUGAUAAGCUUGACCCAUGCUCUAAUUGCACUUCCUCUGGUGUUGCGUGUAUGCCCAUAUAUCGCCCAAGACUCCCUCGAGGUCGAUACGGACGCCCUGCCCGGUCCAGAACGUCAUCUCCUCCAGCUAAUGAACGCUACGGAGAUUUCAGUAAUCCCAAAGCGACGUUGACAUCCGAGUAUGGGGGCUUGAGUGCACCCGUGGAUGGGCUGAAGAGACUUAUUCCGGAGGGUGAAACAAAUAAAAUGGGGCCUGUUGAGGAGGGAAGUGCUCUGCAGGAACUUGUUUCACAAGUGAGCAAGAAGAUACAAUGCGCCACAGACUCAACGAAGAAUGAUCUUGGAACCAUCGUUGGAGACCUGUCGCAUCAUAUCCGGAAGCUCGAAAGCCUCUUGCAAGAUCCAGGAGCCGACAAAACGCUCAAGAAAACCUUCGAAUCGGGAACACUGGUGGAAAUACGAUGGAUUACUCAACAAUUUCCUGCCAUCCAAACCUCAAGUCUUGCUAGAAGAUGCCCGGAGAUAUCUGGCAACGAUAUCUGGACCGAAUUUACAAGCAAUGGGAUGCAUGACUCGUCGGUAGCAACUGAUUUGGAGCCGUCUUCCGGUCGCGCAAGCGAUAGAGGAUUGAAAACGGAUUCAUUGCGGCGCAAUUCCGUAGACCACGGGCCCAACGCUCUCGGCAUGCUGAGCAUCGGUAAUUCGCUGUCCCCUAGCUUCAGGUCACUGCCUCGUGACAAGCUUGGAGCAAGCAAGUUAUGCCAGGUAUACCUCCAAAACGUGGAUCCAAUUAUCAAGAUCCUACACCGGCCUAGCCUCAGCAAAUGGAUGCUAGAUGGGGCAUCUGAAUAUCUGGAAUCAUCCGAGGAUGAUAUUCCGGUGAGAGCGCUGGAAUCUGCUAUUUGCUAUGUUGCAGCCAACACUAUGACAGAAGCACAGUGUCAGGCCACAUUCCAACGAAACAAAUCGAGCAUUAUGGCCGUGCAUCGCAAAUUGUGUGAAGGCGCCUUUGAGAAGGCUGGGUUGCUGACAUCGAGAGAUAUGACCGUCCUCCAAGCCUUCAUUCUGUAUCUUGUAACAACUGCCACUAAUUUACCGAAGAUUGGUAGAAGAUCCGAAGACAAGGACACCGCUGCUUGGGCACUCGUUGCCCUAGCUGAAUCUUUCUUCCAACAGCAGAUGCGGUUGCGGUUGUGGCUCACUGUUUGCCUUGUCGACAUUCAGGCGUCCUUUGCGCUAUGCUCCGAGCCACUUAUAACACACAGUGGCGCAGCAUGUGCAAUUCCAAAUGUAGCACAUGUCAAUGACUCCGAUUUCGACGUGAAUACUGAAUACUCAGUUGUUUCACAGGAGCAGCUCACGGACACAACAUUUGCUCUUGUGACAUAUCAUGUACAAGUAGCCGGUCGAGCACUCAACUUUGGCUCACCCGAUUGCAGCACUGCCGCAGAAAGACAUAAACUGUCUCGAGAAGUCCAACAGCAAGUGUUCACAUUGCUACACUACUGUGAUCCCGAGUCCUCUCCGUAUGCCUGGUUUACCUGGCAUAGUACCCAAUCAAUUGUAUCGGCGAUCCGUCUGUCAGAGCUGUUACCGUUUCGAUUUAGCCAAGCGGGUCGCUAUGCUUCGCUGGAAUCACCGCGAUUAGAAGGCGAUACAAGUCUCUUGCGCUGGUCUUUGCAAAAUCUAGAAAAGGCACACCUGCUCUGCACCGAUCCUCGCGGGAGCGGCUUUCGCUGGUACAUCACCAUUCCAUGCCUCGCGUUGUCCACAGCAAUUGGGGAGUGUAACACCUGCAGUGAUGUGGAAACUGUUCGGAGGGCGUGGCCAAUUAUUGAGGCUUCAUAUAGACAGCACGAAGAGCUUCUAAGUUCGCAUAGCUGCCAACUAGCCCAAGCACACCUGAUGCAGAUGAUGAAUAAGGCUCGGGAGAAGCUGUCGUCGUUACCCCAGAAAAAUAGUAAUGAAUUCGGUGCAGGCCAGGUAGUGGAGGUUUCUGCUACUGACACGUUGGUGCACAUGGUUGCUGAGGAACACGCCCCAAUUGAUCCCCAAUUAGGUGGUGGCAUGCCAAUUAGCGAAUCCAUUAUGCCCACGGCGUCUUUCACCGUAUCCCAGCCGCAACUUGGACAUCAGAGCUGGAACAUGGCCACAAUGCCCAUAGACGAUGUACAUGUGCGGGACGAAAUGCUGCUGACAACGGACGCAUAUCAUUCUGUGCAGUCGGAAUAUUUCUGA